GGCGGCCUCGUGCGGGCUCUGCCUGGCUUUGUACACACGCCGGCCCGCUCGUCCCUUUAACAAUGGGCGAGGCGGGCGGCGCCGUGUGAUGGCGGGGGAGCCUUUGGGACGCCGCGCCGAGCUCAGGUGCCCUGGGCCAGGCCCUGUCACGGCCGUCAGCCGCACCACUGCAUAGGGCCCCGACUGCUGCGCCGCGCCGCCCCGCCGAUGGAGCUGGAAGCGCAGUGGUGGACAGGACAGCUGGCUGCCGACAUCCACCAAGCGCUUCGCUAUAAGGAGCUGAAGCUGCCCUCCUACAAAGGCCAGUCUCCCCAGUUACAUCUGAGAAGAUACUUUGCAGACCUGAUUGCCAUUGUGAGCAAUCGGUUCAGACUCUGUCCUGCUGCACGACAUCUAGCUGUCUAUCUGUUGGACCUCUUUAUGGAUCGUUAUGACAUAUCUAUACAGCAGCUACAUGUGGUUGCUCUUUCCUGUUUACUUCUAGCAAGUAAAUUUGAAGAAAAGGAAGAUAGUGUUCCCAAACUUGAACAGCUGAACAGCUUGGGUUGUAUGACUAACAUGAAUUUGGUACUAACAAAACAGAAUUUGCUUCAUAUGGAGUUGUUGUUGUUAGAAACGUUUCAGUGGAAUUUGUGCCUCCCAACUGCUGCUCAUUUCAUCGACUAUUAUCUUUCUAUUGCUGUCCAUGAGACUGAUCUUCAUGAUGGUUGGCCAAUGGUUUGCUUAGAGAAGACUAAAUUAUAUAUGGCAAAAUACGCUGAUUACUUUCUGGAAGUGUCACUGCAAGAUCAUGCAUUUUUAAAUUAUGCACCUUCUUUAGUUGCUACUGCAUGUGUAGCUUCUUCAAGGAUUAUCUUGCGUCUCUCACCAACGUGGCCUACACGGCUGCAUCAUCUUACUGCAUACUCCUGGGAUUUCCUAGUGCCAUGUAUUGAGCGGCUAUUAAUUGCACAUGAUAAUGAUGUGAAGGAAGCAAACAAACAAAAAGGACAACAUGCUCAGUCUGCCCAACACACUGUAUUUCAGACCCCAGCUCCAACUCCCCAGCAGGGUGAUGCUCAACAGCACGUACCACAGUAUCUCCAAGCUCAUCCGUCUUCAUUACAGUAUCACCAUCAGACAUCACAGCAGCAAAACUGUCAACAGAUAUUAUCAUCUAAUCAUACAACAUCUUACCCACUUCAGACUUGCCCUGCUGCCUUACAGUCUAGUGUUCAGGCUCGAGGCCAUGUACAGACUGGUACUGCAGUGUCACUAGCUGUUCCACUAGAAGUGAAGCCAUGUAUAAGUGUCUCCUACAACCGGAGUUACCAAGUGAAUGGACGAUAUUCCUGUGUUACACCCUGCUUUGACAGGUGAUAAGUACAAAAUGGUUUUGCGCUUUUUGUUGUGGGUGGGAAGUUGUCUCGAGGGGAAUGGUUUUGUUGGGUUUUUGUUCGGUUAAACCUCGAGUAAGUUUGAGGUACAAAUCAAUUUGAAAAAAAGAGGUCUUUCUAGGAAAAAAAAGGCAACUGGAUUGGAAACCAGUACCAGAGCUUGGAUGCAGGCUGCAAAAUAAGCACACAAAAGACCCUCUAAAAAGACUGUGUAUACCUGGGGGUAGUAAAUUCUGACUGUGGCACUAAGAACACUAGUCAAAGGCAAAGUAACUGUAACCACAGACUUUAACCUUUAAUGAAGGAGAUAUGCAGUAUUAUUUUUGAAGACAUUUAUGUAACACUGCCAUAUAGUAUUAACACUGACUUUAACUGAAACUAUCAGUCCAUUGAAUGCUAGACUUCUCCAGAUACAUGGGGAUCGCAGGAAAAAAACAAUAAACAAAAACAAAUCUUAUCUGGCUAACUCCAUACUCUUGCCCCUUUUUCAGCACUUGUAUUGGGUAUUGGCUUCAGACUAAAGCAGUUAACUGGUAUUUUGGCUAGUUUUUUAAGUUUUGUACCUCACAGGAUAUAUACUGUGGGUUUUUUUCUUCCUCUAUUCUCCCUAUUGUUUUUAUGUUUAACUCUUUCAUACUAACUCAGGGAAUUUUCUACUCAUUACUCUAUGCUGCUGGUUUGUACACUUAACUGGGUAUAACUUGAGGGAGGAAGUUAGAAAAAGAAGAGACUAUAGCAAAAUGCUUUUCUUCAGGGCAUCUGCGUGCAGAGUACCAAAGGGAUAUGUUCAUGUUCACACAAUGUAGAUGUGAACUACUGCCCAGCAGUGUGGUAUUGAGUAAGUGAAGAAAAGAGAAAGUUUCAGCUGAACUUGUACUGUACUAGAACUACUGCAGUGGCUGUGAUUCCUGUGUAUACACACACAUUACUAACCAACAGAAAACAUCCUCCAGUGGUACUGACAGCUUCACUUGUAUAAAAUAAGUACAGUUAAAUGCUUACAGAAAUCCACUUCUGUCAGGUUUAUAGUAGAGGGAAAUGCUCAGGUAAUAGUGGGGCAACUUUUUCUUCUAGUAUUUGAGAGUUCUAGAACAUUCAGAGAUUUACUCUUCUAAAUGGGUGGAUCAAGAUAUAUUGCAGAGCAAACUUCUUUGUCACAAUUAAGGUGCUAAUUACAUAACCUUAUACAAUUACACUAUCUCCUGUGGAGUGGGAAGUCUGAGGGAAGAAAGCUUCACUCGUCCAACUCUUGGAUGAAAAUGGUGGUAGAGAUACUAAUGGAGGAAAUACUUUUAAUACAAGAUCACACUAGACUUUCUCCUGAGAUAAACUACAGGAGGAAGAGGCAUAGGUGACAGGAUUCUUAUUACUUUGAAAUAUCCUUAUAGUAAGUGGGCUUAAGGAUUUUCUUAUUCUUUUAACACCACCUUAUUCUUUCACAGCAUUUAAAAUCAGGUACCAUAUAACGACACUUAAGUAUUGGGAAUCUUACAGAGACUGGUCUGAAAGUAGGGGCAAUUAAGAUGAUGAAGGCUCUGUCACAGCAAAGGGAGGUCUUCCCAUUAAUUUUCAGAAUGAAGGACACCUGUGUUCAUUCUUUCUGGGGCUGAAGGAUAAGAUGUGGAAAAAAACUCCUGUUUAUUGUUGAGGAGAAGAAAUCCUGUUUCUCUUAGUUUUUUUUCAUAAAUGCCAAUUUCUGUUGUGGGCUUUUGUAGCCUGUUAGCAUGUCGAGAGAGAUAGAAGGGUCAGCCAAAGAGAUGACCCUCUCUGCUUUAUGCUAGAGGAUCAAUUUUGAAAUGAGCAUAGUGUGGACAAUUCUUAAAGUGCAAAUUGGAUUUUUUUUUUUUGGUGGGUUUGGGGUUUUAUUUUCUUCCCUUUCUUCAUCUCUUCAUGAGUACUUCCCCAUGUCUGAGAGUAGUGUUAAAUAGUGGCUUUCCAUCUCAUAAGAUGCCAUGCUUCUUAUCCAGCAUUGUUAUCCAUUUAAGAGGAAGAUGGACUUCUUUCUGCUGGUUUCAUUUUGAUGCAAUUCCCUAUCCAAGUCCUCAGUCCUCUUAACUACCUCUGAUGCUAUGAAUGUACAGUCUUGUAGUAGACCAUGACUUGAAGUAAUAGCAGAUACCUGUAGCAGUUUAUGUAAAAUCUUUAAAUCUGCUAACUUGUCAUCUUUAUUUCUGACACAGCAGUAUAGGCUCUUCUUUUUUUUUUUUUGGGUACUAGUAAAUUUAUCUCAUAGGCAUUUGGUAUGUAAAACUUAACACUGGAAUAUAAUGGGCAUGGGUCUUAUUCAACUACUUAAUACUGCAAAUUUACAUUUAAUAGGCUAUUUUUUUUUUACUUUUAAGAUACUAGGUCAACUGUAAAAAGAUCCACUACAUGCUGUUUUGUUUUAAUUUAUUAUUUACUCUUGAGUUUCUCCUGACACUACAGCUGCAUAAUGACUACAGAGAAAAUGUACACUGAACAGUUUCAAUAUUAUUUAAAAGGGCUUUAGCAGUGUAUGUUAAAAAUACACUGUUCUUACUAUUAGAACCAAAAUGUGGUUUUUUUUUAUGGCUCCUAAAUGCAAAAUGUCCAAAACUAUGGAAUCUUUGUGAGUGCUAUGCAUUCAACUUAUUUUUAAAAAUAAAACUAGUUUUGAUUAAGAA